ACCGAAACAAUCGUAUUGAACUUGGCACCUAAAUCAAAAACAAAGACCCGUGCUACCCAACUUCGGGGAACUCACUUCUCCGAGAUCGAAACCCGAAGCAAAUCUCAACGUAUUUUUACUUUCGCCUAUGCUUUCUCCUUCGAUUAUAUCAUUACUCUUUUCGCUGCAUCUGAGUCAAGUUCAGUUUCAGUCAGUAAAUUCUCAGAGCAUCUACAGUUCAACCUAAGCCAGUCGCACCAUUCGACCCGUCACCAUGAUGGACUUCUUCAUAGCCAGCAACCAUAAUAAGGAACCCACGCCACCUCUAGAAUCAGAAUCAGAACUAGAAAAACCAGGCUUCAAUGAUCUACCCAUGGAACUAUUGCUCAAGAUCAUGAAGAUGAUCUCGUUGGAUGACCGUAUUGCUGCUGGAGAAACAUGCCGUCGAUGGUUGGAAGCCGCUCACUAUUACACUCCCUUUAACGAGAAACUUAUCUUCCGCUUCACCAACAUCAACUUCUCCGAUUACGAACCUCCUAUCAAGCACUUCAUCAGCGGUUUCAGAAUCUUCCCACGGGUCGAAGCUACGUCUGUCACCUUCAUAGGCAACAGUGACUUUUGGCCGGACUUUGGUGAAUUUAUUCUUGAAUUGACUCUGAAAAACUGCCUCAUUCGUGAUACGGAGCUUUUUUGGGUUCUCCAACAUGUGCCAAACCUUCGAAAACUAAGGAUCGAGUCCUGCGAUGAACUGUUCCGGAUGUGGCAUUUCGAUAAGAAAUUUCUCUGCUGUGAAUCAAACUUUGUUCUGGAGGAUUUGAGCGACGUAUCUUUGGCAAACAACGACUUUAUGGACGAAACACACUUCAAUUGGAUUAUGACAAUCUCACCCAAUAUCACCCAGUUGGACAUAUCAAAUUGUUUCAAAAUGGUCACUGCCCAACGGCGAGUUGCAAUGGUUGAACACAUUAUGCGGUUUAUUAACAACAAACGUUUCCAGCUCGAAGCCCUGAAAUUCAGUGGAACCCUUUCCAUUGACGACAUUUGUCUUAGUACUUUAGCCAUACUGGAUGGACUACGAUUAGAGAGUCUGAGUCUGACAUUCUGUGAUAAGAUUCCGCCGGCAAUCAUCGAUCUUCUAAGACGCCAGCCCGACCUGAAGAUCAACCAAGCCCUGCAGUUCAAAUUCAACAAUAAGAAAACUGUCAAAACCAUGAAAACUCCGGGCUUCAUCAGCUUUCUUACUAGCCAACCGAAUCUCGUCCAUCUUGAUCUAUCACAAUCGUUGGGAGUCACCGAUGAAAUCAUGGAGUUGAUCACCAACUAUCUUCCGAAGCUGAAAACGUUGAAGUUGCGCCGCUGCAUCUUGAUCACGGACGAAGGCAUAAUGGACAUCGUCAAACUUGAACACCUGGAGGUGCUUGACUUGUCCAACUGUGAACGUAUUUCUGACCGUGCAAUGUUUCAUGGAGUAAUCGGACGCAAGAUCAAGAACCUUAAAGAGCUAUACCUCUGUGAACUGCCCAGCCUGAGUGAUUACUCGUUGAUUCAGGUUACGUUGAACUUUGAACUCAUAGAGAUACUGGACCUCAGCAGUUCACCGAAUGCGGCCACAGAUGCCACCAUGCAGUAUAUCAACUUUUACCUGGUCCACCUAAGACAGUUGAUACUGUACUGCUGCACUAAGGUGACCGACGCUGGACUAACGGGAAUUGAUCUUCCGUAUAAUCCGUUGGAAAUUUGGGAUAUUUCGGAGUCGUUUUCCAUCGAUCGUCUGUUUAAGCUUCGAGUGCUGAAUCUCAAUGGAUGCUACAAGAUAACUGAUCUGUCUCUACAAAAGGGAUUUAAGUUUGGUGAACUGAAGGAGCUGCAUCUGGCAAGAUGUUCGCUGAUCACGGAAGCGGGUAUUGCCGAUUUGGUAGUCAACAACAAGUCGAUCGAACACCUGGACCUAAGCGAAUGUCCCAACAUCAACGACUACUGUAUCGAGCUGAUCACCGCCAAUUUGAAGAGGCUGAAGACCCUCAGGGUCAACAAGUGUCCGCUCUUGACGGACGACUGCCUGUGCAUCAUCAGUCUCAAUUGCCAGUACAUAAAGUUCUAUUACAGCACGUUUCUGUCAACGGAUGCUUCAAAUUGAGCCGUGUCGAGGAACGGUUAUCCCGAUUACCGACGAUGAAGGUGAUCAAUAGUUAGCACGCUUGCUUAGUGAGAAAUGUUGUUUUACCUUUUACUGUUUAACCUUCUUUAUUAGAUAUAUCAAACGAAUAAAAGUACAUUUCUAAAUUUAAC